AUGAAUAAGGCAAAUACUUUGAGUAGUCUAAUGAUGGGUAGAACACUUAAUAUUGAAAAGGAUCUUUUUAGGCCUAAAGAAAGUAAUGAAGAGGAUCUUGACUCAGAAGUGCCAUACCUUAGUAUCAUUAGGGCACCCAUGUACCUUGCUAACUAUACAAGACCUGAUAUAGCUUUUGCAGUGGAUUUACUAGCAAGAUUCAGUUCAUGCUCUACGAAAAGACAUUGGAAAGGAAUAAAGCAUAUAUUUCGAUAUCUUCGAGGUACAUCUGAUCUUGGUUUAUUUUAUUAUAACAGUACAAAAUCAGUUUUGCUUGGUUAUGCAGAUGCAGGAUAUUUGUCAGAUCCACAUAAUGCUAAAUCACAAACUGGAUAUAUAUUUACAUAUGGUAACACUGCAAUAUCAUGGAGAUCGCAAAAGCAAACACUUGUAGCAACUUCUUCAAAUCAUGCUGAAGUAAUUGCCCUUCAUGAAGCAAACAAAGAGUGUAGAUGGUUACGAUUGGUAACUCGGCAUAUCCAAGGAGCGUCUGGUUUACCAAUUGAUAAUAAUCCAACAAUUUUGUAUGAAGACAAUGUUGCAUGUGUUACCCAGAUGAGAGAAGGUUACAUAAAAAGUGACAUAACCAAGCAUAUCCCUCCGAAGUUUUUCUCAUUCACACAAGAACUUGAAAGAAAUAAAGAGGUUGAUGUUCAGUAUAUUCGCUCAAGUGAUAAUAUAGCAAAUCUCUUUACAAAGACACUUCCUACAUCAGUUUUCAAGAAGCAUGUACAAAAUAUUAGAAUGCGUCAUCUUCAAGAUCUUUAA